AUGGGAAGUGCCGCCAGAAGACGUGCAAGAUUGGCGCAACAGCAACAACAAAUCAAUUUGAUCAAUACCGUGAAUAGACAAAUACGUGGACGUGGUGUGUCGCGUUUUGGACAGCUAGUCAGUGAUCAGCCAGUGGUUUAUGAACGUCAAACAAUUGAGCCAAUGAACUCGGCGAGAAUGGGAAGCACAACGCAGUUCGUUCGUCAACUGGCCACAAUGCCGAUGCAACGCCAGCGAGGAAUGGUGCAAAGAGAAGUGAUCGUCGAGGAUGAC